GGCAGGACGUAGAGAGCAUGUGACGUGUCAGGUGAUAACUGUUGCCUGUCUUCAGGGUAGACAUACAUCAGGUUUGAAACGUGUUUGUUUCCUUUUCAUGCACGUCGUAUCCACUCGGCUCUCAGGGAUACAAUAAGUCUCAAUGGCGAGUUCCUUUCCCAGCACAUCGGAGCUGGUCGCCGACGCGCGGCGUCUGUACGGGCAGGUGUUCGGAGAGGAGGCUCCUCUGACCGCGGUGUGUGCCCCCGGAAGAGUCAACCUGAUAGGGGAGCACACCGACUACAACCAGGGACUUGUACUUCCAAUGGCGCUGCCUCUGUUGACCGUUGUGGUUGGCCAUGAGACCUCUGGCCAGGAUGUUACCGUGGUAACAGCGACUAAGGAUGCCGACGAGCCCUGGCGAGUAGACUUCAGCCUGGCCAGUGAUGAAUCUCUGUGUCCGGGGUUACCCAGCUGGGCAAACUAUGUGAAGGGUGUUAUCCAGCAUUAUAGGGCACCUCCUGUCCCAGGUUUCAGGGCGGUGAUAGCCAGCAGUGUUCCCCUGGGAGGAGGCCUGUCCAGCUCUGCCUCUCUGGAAGUAGCUUUCUACACAUUCCUGCAACAACUCAAGCCAGAUGAUGGAGACAAGGUGUCCAAAGCAAUUGCCUGUCAGCAGGCAGAACACACUCAUGCUGGUGUACCCUGUGGCAUAAUGGAUCAGUUUGUGUCUGUCCUCGGCAGGGAGGGACAUGCUUUGCUCAUUGACUGCAGGUCACUGGAAGCCACCCCCAUCCCAUUGGCAGAUCCAAGCCUGAUCAUUCUCAUCACAAACUCGAAUGUGAGACACUCUCUGACUGGCAGCGAGUACCCCAUGAGACGCAGACAGUGUGAGGAGGCCGCUUGCAUCCUGGGAAAGGCCAGUCUCAGAGAUGCUACCAUGAAAGACCUGGAGGAAGCCAGGAACAGACUGGAUGACAUUACUUAUCGAAGAGCUCGUCAUGUGAUUGAAGAGAUUGAAAGAACUUACCAAGGUACUGAAGCAUUGAAGAGAGGAGCCUACAAAGAGUUUGGCAAGCUUAUGGUGGAGAGCCACAACUCCCUCAGAGAUCUGUAUGAGGUGAGCUGCAGCGAGCUGGAUGAGCUGGUGUCUGCAGCCAUGGAUGUGGAGGGAGUAUUUGGCAGCCGAAUGACAGGCGGAGGAUUUGGUGGAUGCACUGUGACUUUGAUGAAGGCCCAUGCCAUUGACAGGGCUAUACUUCACAUAAAGACGCGAUACAGUGGAACCCCAACUUUCUUUGUCACAACUCCUUCAGCGGGAGCUCGGACUCUCAGUCUGCCAUGACCUUUUUCAAUACAUCUCUGCUGCAAUGCAGCACAUUGCUUUUACAAGCUUUACUUUGAUUUAUAACAGUUUUUCCCCCAAAUCUUAUUUAGAUAUGCAGACUAGAGAUCAUUGAGAGGCAAAUAUGUGAAAAGUGCCUUUACAGUAACACAAUGCUUCCUAGUGAUAUUUUUAUGACAAGAUCUUCGUCUCAGCUAUGCAAUGCUUUAUCCUCUAAAUAACUUGUAGCAACUGUUUGUAAAAUUAUGACUUUGAUGUUAUUGUGAAAAUGCUGGGUAAAUGUAAUUUUUCCAUUUGACUUGGAUACAAUAAAUCAUGUUUAUCCAUCCAUCCAUCAAAAAAUC